AUGGACAUGGGGACAAGGAGCCGUGGAAAGGAGCCAGGGACACAGGCUGGAGCCAAGGCUGCUGGGGACAAGGAGCUGCGGGAUGACCUGUGGCUGUUGAGAAUGAGGGGCUGGCUGCCCCCUGUCCCCGAGCUGUCUCCGUGCCCCCAGAUGAACUUCAUCGCGGCCGCCUUCCACGAUGGGGUGCUGCUCUACGCCCAGGCCGUCAACGAGACGCUGGAGCAGGGCGGCUCCAUCGCCAACACUUCCGCCAUCACCCACCAGAUGUGGAACCGAACCUUCUACGGUGUCACCGGCUUCCUGAAGAUCGAUGAGAACGGGGACCGGGAGAGCGACUACUCCCUGUGGGACAUGGACCCUGUGCGGGGGGACUUUCAGAUCGUGGCCAACUACAAUGGCACCACCAAGAAGAUCCAGAUGGUGCCGGGGCGUGAGAUCCACUGGCCAGGGAAUGUGGUCCCCUCCGACAUCCCCCCCUGUGGCUUUGAUAACAGCGACCCACUGUGCCGCAAAGCCAACUUGUCCACCCUGGAAGUCCUGUCCCUCGUGGUCAGCCUGAUCCUCUUGGCCAUCACCAUCACCUCCUUCUUCAUCUACAGGAAGCUGCAGCUGGAGAAGGAGCUGGCGGCCGAGCUGUGGCGUAUCCGCUGGGAAGACCUGCAGAUGAGCAGCUUGGAGAAACACCUCCGGAGCGCCGGCAGCAAGCUCACCCUGUCCCUGAGGGGCUCCAACUACGGCUCCCUGAUGACGGCCGAGGGGCAGGUUCAGGUCUAUGCCAAAACCGCGGAUUACCAGGGCAACCUCGUGGCCGUCAAGCACCUCAACCGCAAGCGCAUCGAGCUGACACGCAAGGUCUUGUUCGAGCUGAAGCACAUGCGGGAUGUCCAAAACGAGCAUCUGACCCGCUUCAUUGGCGCCUGCACCGCCCCCCCGAACAUCUGCAUCCUGACCGAGCAGUGCCCAUCACCCAGCAUCAGGGACAUCUUGGAGAACGAGAGCAUCACGCUGGACUGGAUGUUCCGCUAUUCUCUCACCUAUGACAUUGUCAAGGGAAUGCAGUUCCUGCACAAUGGGGUGAUCAUCUCCCACGGGAACCUCAAAUCCUCCAACUGCGUGGUGGACAGCCGCUUCGUCUUGAAGAUCACGGACUACGGGCUGGAGAGCUUCCGCGUGGCCCCUGACAGCGAGGACUCCCACGCGCUCUUCGCCAAGAAGCUGUGGACGGCACCCGAGCUGCUGCGGAUGGAGUUGCCGCCGGCCCGCGGCACGCAGAAGGGCGACGUUUACAGCUUCGGCAUCAUCCUGCAAGAGAUCGCCCUGCGCAACGGCGUCUUCUACGUGGAGGGGCUGGACCUGAGCCCUAAAGAGAUCAUUGAGAGGGUGAAGAGUGGGGAGCGCCCCACCUUCCGCCCCUCGGCCAACGUGGGGUGCCACAUGGAGGAGCUGGGCCAGCUGAUGCAGCACUGCUGGGCUGAGGACGUCUUGGAGCGCCCCGACUUCAACCAGAUCAAGGUCCAACUCCGCAAGUUCAACAGGGAGAGCAGCAGCAACAUCCUGGACAACCUGCUAUCGCGCAUGGAGCAGUACGCCAACAACCUGGAGGAGAUGGGGGAGGAGAGGCCCCAAGCCUACUCGGUGGCGGAGCAGCUGAAGCGGGGAGAGACGGUGCAGGCGGAGGCGUUCGACAGCGUCACCAUCUACUUCAGCGACAUCGUGGGCUUCACUGCCCUCUCAGCAGAGAGCACCCCCAUGCAGGUGAGAGCAGGGCUUGGGGGGCAGCCCCAGUGCUUUGAUGCCAUCAUCGACAACUUCGAUGUCUACAAGGUGGAGACGAUUGGGGAUGCCUACAUGGUGGUGUCGGGGCUACCGGUGCGCAACGGGAAGCUGCACGCCCGCGAGGUGGCCCGCAUGGCCCUGGCGCUGCUG